AUGAUACUCAGAACCCCUCCGCCACCGAAGAGGCCUCGGGCCGAUGCCGAUGCCGAUGCUGAUGCCGACGCCGAUCGCCAGCUCGUAAUCUACGAGGAUCCGCCGGUGCCGGUGCCGGUUCCGGAGUCAUAUCAGGAUCCAUCCGUUUCCGAGCACAUGCUCUGCACCUAUCAGUGUCGCCAAAUGGUCAAAUCGGAUUUUAUAGAUGCCUUAAGCAGAGCUGAAAAUCAAGUUCGUGAUUAUCAAUCUAAAUUGGAGACAUUGGAUGACAAGUUCCACAAAGUUGAGUCCGAGAGGAAGAAAUUUCUGGACCAAUUCUUAUACACAGAACAGGAACUCGGUGCUGCAAAAGGGCGCGAACAGGCACUCCAAGACCAGCUUUUGAAGGAGGUCACUAAAUCUCAAGAACGAUUAAGAAAACAAAUACAAUUAAACAGUGAACUUGAGGUUAAGCUCCAAAAUGAGAUGAACCUUCGUAUGAAAGCUGAGUCUAAUGCCGCCUCAGCAGAAGAGAAAGCAACAUCUUUAGAACGUAAGCUAGACCAUCUCUCAGAGAGUAUAGAGAGGGAAAAAAACCGACUUUCUGAUGAGCAUUCACAACUGAAAAGGGACUCAAAGUUUUCUGUUUCUCGAAUAACUGCAAAUCUUGAACAAAUGGAAUGCAGAGCUAAUAAUGCUCAGAGCGAAGCAGAGCUGUUAAAAGAGCAACUGGACCAUCUUAAGGACCAACUGAAUGAGUGUUUGCACCAGAAGAUUGAAGUUGAAAAAAAAUUGUCAAGUUUGACAUCUGAAGAAGUUACUUCUACAGGGAGUAAUGUUUUAGUUAAACAUUUGCAACAGGAGCUUAGGAAUUAUGAAUCUGAAGUAAGGGAAGCAAGAAAGCUAAGAUCUAGUCAUGAGAACAUUGAGCUUUUAAAGGAGAAAUUGUUGGAGGAAAAGAUCCGCCGGGAAAGGGCAGAAUUAGAGCUAUCUAAAUUACAGGAUAUGCAGUUAAAUAUGAAAAAGUUAGAGGAUCAAAUAUCAUCUUGGAGGUUGAUAAUUAAAGACAUACCUGGUGUCUCAUGUUUUGAGGACAUACCUGUUAAGUUUGCUGCUUUACAGAAAGAGGUCAUUGAUAGCAUGCGGAAGGAGAGCGAGGGAACUGCCCGCUUGAAACAACUUGAGGUGGCUCUGGAUGCUGCUGAGAUUGGUAAACAAAAUGCUGAGACUGAGGCUGCGUUGGCUAAAGAGAAAGCAGAAGUAUUAAAAUCAGAGAUUAAGCGGAUUGAAUUAAUGCUUGCUGUGGUUACUGAGGAAAGAAAUAAAUUAAGAAAUGUUGCCAAUUUGAAGAAUGGUGAAGCUGGGGAUGGAUCAAAAAGUGCUAAUCCUGUUCAGGAACUGGAAUCAUCUCUUGUUAAGAAAGAUGAUUGUAUUAAAGAAUUAGAAAGUACCUUACAUGAGCAGAGAGUGGUUAAUAAUCUUCAACAUGAGGAAAUAAAGUUACUUAAUGAAAAGUUGCACAAUGAAGCUAGAAGAGUAAAGUCAUUGGAGAGGGAGAGUGACCGGCUGCGUUCGGAGAUUUCAUUACUAGAGGCAAAGUUGGGUCAUGGUGAUUUUUCUGCUGCUAAUACGAAAGUUCUGCGGAUGGUGAAUACACUUACUGUUGAUAAUGAGGCCAAACAAACCAUAGAAGCACUGCAAACUGAGUUGCAAAAAACAAAAGAGAAAUUAAAAGCUGUAGAGGAAUUGAAGUUUCAAUCAGGAGAAGCUGGAAAGCUAGUAGAUAGCUACAUAUCAGAUAAGAUACUGCAAUUAAAAGAGCAAAUUGCAACUCUUGAGAAGCGAGAAGAAAGAUACAAGACAGUAUUUGCAGACAGAAUUUCAGUCUUCCGGAGGGCAUGCUGCGAGCUUUUUGGUUACAAGAUUGUGAUGGAUGAACACCAGCGGUCAAAUGGAAUCCCAGUGACACGAUUUACCUUGCAAUCAAUUUAUGCACAAAGUGAUGAUGAGAAACUUGAAUUUGAAUAUGAAUCAGGGAACACUAACAUUUUGGUAAAUCAUUACACAUCUCAGCCGGAGGUAUCUCGUCAGGUUGAGAUAUUCAUUCGGAAGAUGAGUUCAAUUCCUGCUUUCACUGCCAACAUAACGGUGGAGUCUUUCAAUAGAAGAACCUUGUCUUAAAUUCUACGAACUUGUGUAGGCUAUACAAUCUAAGCACUGAGAUUUCUUGUGGUAACUAUCAGUUAUGCUGUAUGUAUAUUGCAUCUACAACUUCCGGAUGUUGGUCAACGAGUAAGGCAGCUAGGACCGGAAACAUUUUGCAUUCUGUCAUUGAUGCCUGAUGGAUGGCUUGGAUUUGAAAAAAUAUGUCACUUUUUAUUUAUUUAUUCUCUCAACCAUCCGCCUAACUAAUUUGAGAUAAAUAUGUUGAUAUUGGGGUGAGAUUAUGAGCAUCCAGACUGAUAUUGGGGCGUAUAUCGUUGUCAAAACUCCAUUUUUCGUAUUGUUUCGUCCU